CUGUUCAGAAGGUGUGCUGUCCGCGGUGCUGAAGCAGUGACGUAGGACAGCGCCGCGCAUCACGCAUCCUCCCCUGCCAUUUGUUGUGCUACUGGCUAGCUUGCUAAGCAAGGGGUCUCCAUCAGCAGGAGGCGGAGAAGACGGCGGGCAAGCAGAGAAAGGCAGCCCCUUCCCUGGAUACUCUGGAAGCCCUUCCACACAGGGAAACGUUACUAGAAAGGGAGGACAAUGUCCGACUUUGACAGCAACCCGUUUGCAGACCCGGACUUCAGCAACCCCUUUCAGGAUCCCUCGGUGACACAGGUGACUCGUUCCGCCCCUCCUGGUGGUUUGGAGGAGUACAACCCCUUCACAGACGCCAGAACGGCGGACCCUGGGAAUGGCCCCAAAGCUGCUCCUGCCCCGUCACAGCAGAACACACAACCUGCCAUCAUGAAGCCCACAGAAGAGCCGCCGGCUUACUCGCAGCAACAGACUCAGGACCAAGCGCGCGCUCAGGCUGAGUUGUUGAGAAGGCAGGAGGAGCUGGAAAAGAAAGCUGCAGAGCUGGAUCGGCGGGAGAGAGAGUUACAGUCCCACGGGGCCGGGCGCAAGAACAAUUGGCCUCCCCUGCCAGAGAAGUUCCCCGCUGGCCCAUGUUUCUACCACGAUAUAGCAGUGGAUAUUCCCGUAGAGUUCCAAAAGACCGUCAAGAUCAUGUACAACCUGUGGAUGUUCCAUGCGGGCACGCUCUUUGUGAACAUGUUCGGCUGCCUGGCCUGGUUCUGUGUGGAUGCAUCUCGCGGUGUAGAUUUUGGCCUGGCACUGCUAUGGUUUCUGCUUUUCACGCCCUGUUCUUUCGUCUGCUGGUACAGACCGCUUUACGGGGCUUUCAGGAGUGACAGUUCAUUCCGCUUCUUUGUCUUCUUCUUCGUCUAUAUCUGUCAGUUUGGGGUUCACGUUCUACAAACUAUAGGCAUCGCCGGCUGGGGAACGUGUGGUUGGAUCGCAGCCUUAACCGGCCUCAACGCCAGCAUCCCCGUGGGCAUCUUCAUGUUGCUGAUUUCGGCUCUCUUCACUGCGCUCUCCGUGGGCUCGCUCGUUAUGUUUAAAAAGGUGCACGCGCUGUACCGCACCACCGGCGCGAGCUUCGAGAAGGCUCAGCAGGAGUUCGCAACCGGGGUCAUGUCCAACAAAACCGUUCAGACUGCGGCUGCCAACGCUGCAGCUAACGCUGCAACCAAUGCUGCCCGCGGGGCCUUCAAGCCUCAGCCAUAAGAUGACACAUACCCACACACCAUGCACACUCAUACACACACACAUACACACACACACAGAACACACACAAAGGUUGGGGAUGCACAACUCUGGGCCCUGCAGGCUCUUCGAUCAAAUUGAUUCUGUUUCUGGAUGCUGUCCAGGGCUGCACACUUUGUGCUCUGCUUGUGCAAAGAGUCAAAAGCCCGGAAUAAAAGAUGUUAGUCACAUAAAGUGACCAGAGUUGCUCACCUUCACUUAAAAAAAUAAAAAAAUCCAGUUUCACCUCUUGAAACAUCCACCAAGUGGCUCCAGGCGUGCCCUGUCUCGUGUGGGAUUUCAUCUCACUGUGCUCCUCACUGGUAGCAGUUCUAGCACCUGGCUUGUUUCUGUCAUGGCGAUGACACGCAAACAGCUUCCUGCCUGGUUCAUAGAGUUACAAAAAGGGAUAAUUGGAUCAUGUUUUUGCACAUGAUUUUGUUUUCUUGGUCACAUGCCGAAAGUACAGUGUAUGCAAAUGCAUUCUUCACUUAAAACCAAAUAGCGGCUCUGACAGAUGUAGGGCUUGGACGCAAAUUGCUCCGAGCUGUACAUUUCUUCAUCUAUUCUGAGACAAACUCGCCCCAGUAAUUCAUAUAAGUAGAAAUAUUUUGGGAUGUUCCUAUUUUAGGACCUGUGUCCAGUCCCCCCCCCCCCCCAAGCAGUACUCCAGUGGCACCUGUCAUUUGAGCAACUGUUGAACAGUUGAGCUCAGCGUGCGCUGAGCUAGCAUCUCUGUGUAUCAUGACAAAAAAGCAUGUCUAGCACACCUCACGUAGCCUUUCCUCCGGCUACGGGUGCGAGCUGGUUUUGAUUAUUUUCCCUCUUCAAUAAGUGAGCUGUGAAGUUAUAGCAUGACCCCACUCAGAGGAUGGUUGACGGAAUUGUGGAUGUAUUUUUUGAGGACGCACUGAACACCGCUGGUCAGCAAGGUCCCCUAAAAGAGCUUCGGUUAGAUGAUUUCAUUGGCACUGAAAAGGGGGGUUAGGGGGAACUGGAUAAAUAUUCACAUUUUCCUUUAUGUAUGUAUGAGAUUAACAGACAACUGUGUGGCUCCAUUAGAGGUUGUUUUUUUUUGUCGCCCGUCACUGUUGGUUGAAAUCUUAACGCUGCUGUGAAUGUGGGAGGCUCUGCAUCCUCCAGCCUCCUGCUGUCAGGACACAUUUCAUUCAUGGGGAGAGAAGUGAACCCGAGGUAACGCUGUGCUUUUAAAGAUUAAACCUGCAUACAUGAAAUGAGAAGAAGACAAAAACAUGGAUACGGUGUGCAUGACAGACCAACCAGUCCAUUGUAAGCACAUUUGCUCUUGUCAGUAUUGGAGAAUUGUCACCAGACGUCUCGCGGUCAAAACAAGCUUUGAGAUGAUGAUUAGCGCUGCUGUUGUUACAAACGUAUGGACUGGGUUCUGCCAGAGGCGUCACUACUGCUGCGAGGGGGAAGGUCAGUACUUGGUCAUGAAGUAAUCUUACCUGUGUGGCAGUAUUGUUUUGUUUGAAACGUUUUUUGUUUUUUAAUAUCCAUUGCACCUUUCUUGUUUUCACGUCGACCAUUUAGGGCUUAAGAUAAACAUGUUUUCAUUCAUGGUGUAAUUUAAAGUUGUAUGCGUUUCAAAUUUCGUUUGGUAUGCUUUGACAUGAUGUAUAAUGUUUUCUGUGGUUUUAUAAUGACAUGAUCAUAGCAUCAGCUAGAUUGAAGUGUGAUCCUUGACUUUGAGACUCGAGCCUCCAAAAGGUGCCCUUCUAUGGAUGAGGAUGUUUGGUAUAAAAGGCCAACAAAAAAAAAAAAAAAUCUCCCUCAAGUGUUACUGUCCUGAAAAGCUGUGAGGAAUCUACCAGAUGUCCAUAUAGAUUUGUUUUUUUUUAAUCUUUGCUCCCAUGUUUUACUUACAAUCACCUUCAUGAUUGCCAGGUAUCUAUAGUUUUAACAGGUGUUAAAUGAAGCCAUGCCGCAAUGGGUAAUUACUUAAUGUAUUAAGCGAGCCGGUCCGCGGGUCAGAACGAGGGAUUGGAAGUUUGCUGGCUCAAAACUGUGUUUUGGAGCUGUGAUUCACAGUAUUUCACUGAAUCAGAAGAGAAACUCCUUCAAAAAGAUACACUUGUAUAUUUUGUAAAGUUGAACAUUUGAUCCCAUUAUCAAUCCCGUGUAAAAAAGAAAAACGUGUCGCACUCUUUGUCUGGCCUUUGUUGCAUGUGAAAUAGUUUGAGUUUUGUAUAUUUAUGGUAUUAACAUGAAAUAAAAUUUGAAAGAAAUGUUUCAGAAA